AUGGCCGAUGAUUCUGCUCUGGCUACGACCGCUACCUUAGAUCCUACCGCGCCAUCAUUCUCCAUGCCCGCAUCCAAAGAUGAGUCACCAGCAGACACGAGUGAGCAACCUCUCAGCAAUGGCACAGCCGACAGCAAAACUACAAAGCCAGAGCGACCAACACAACAGAACGCACGCUCUACCACAGCUCAGGAUAUUGCAGAAGCUGGAGCGGGCGUCAAAUUGACCCUGGCGCAAAUCAAGAAGCAGAAGGCCGCAGAAAAGGCUGCUCGCCGGGCGGAAAAGGUGACGCAGAAAGGCGUUGACGCGCAAGCACAACAAGCCUCACAGUCUCAACCGGCGGCCGCGGGUAAGCAGCAGAGACGGCCAUCAGUCGGAGCGAAAAAAGAUAGCACAGAGCCAUCACAUCACAAGCGAACUGGCUCGACACAGGUAAAGCAGCUGCCACUGCGGUCACCGGGCCCGAAUCAGCCAAUGCCGGUACCCCCAGCAAAGAUUGAGAAAAAGGUUGCCAUGUUUGCGCACCUUCGAUCCAAGGAGGAAAAGACGACCCUUGCCUCGGCAGGCCGUGAAAUACACCCUGCUGUCCUGUCCCUUGGUCUGCAACUACGUGAUUAUGUGAUUUGUGGCGGAAAUGCUCGUUGUAUCGCCAUGCUGCUUGUUUUCAAGAAAGUCAUACAAUCAUACACCACACCACCGGGCGUCGCGCUAUCCAGACAUCUCACUACUCAUCUCAGCCAUCAGAUUAGUUACAUCAACAACGCCCGCCCAUUGGGAGUAAGCCAGGGUAAUGCAAUUCGCUGGCUCAAGAAGCUCAUUUCCGCCCUCGACCCGGAUCUAGCAGAGACCGAAGCGAAAAAGUAUCUGAACAGCGCGAUCGACAAUUAUCUUCGAGAGAAGAUUACAUUGGCGGAUGAAGUGAUUGCCCAGAACGCUGGUCAACGAAUCGACAACGGAGAUACCAUACUCACCUACGGUAAGAGCAGUGUGGUCGAGAAAACACUCUUAACCGCGGCGAGGAAUGGAAAGAACUUCCGCGUGAUUGUGGUUGACUCACGGCCAAUGUUCGAGGGCAAAAAUUUGGCCAGGAGUCUCCUCAGAGAAGGGAUUGAGACGAGGUAUUGCCUCCUGCACGCCUUGGCGGAUGUGGUCGAGGACGUCACCAAGUGCAUGCUCGGAGCGGCAACGAUGCUCGGCAACGGCAGGCUGAGUGCCAGGGCCGGCACAGCAAUGGUUGCUAUGAUGGUUAAGGAUUCUACUAAGCGCAAAGCUCCCGUCAUCGUGCUCUGCGAACUCUACAAAUUCACGGGGAAGGUCGCCUUGGACAGCAUUAUGAUGAAUGAGCUGGGCGAACCUGACGCACUGGUUGAAGUCGAAGACAUCGAAACCAUCACCUCGAGUGCAGCGACACCUGUUGCUGGCGCCCCUCCUAAAGGAAAGAAGAGCAAGGAGGAAGAGGCACCCGAGAAGCCGACACGAGGCCUCGAAGCCUGGCGGGAUCAAAACAAUCUCUACCUCCUGAGUCUCAUGUACGACGUCACGCCCGCCGAGUGUCUGGAUGUGGUGAUAUCAGAGAUGGGCGCGAUCCCUCCCUCAGCAGUGCCGGAAGCAAAUCGUUUGCAUGGAGGCGAGGAAUAA